AAAAGCAACAACCCAAACAAGUAGAAGCAACAACAACAAAAAAAGACGACAUGGCAGCCAUGGCCGGUCCUGUUCUUCUAUCCUUCCUAAUGAUCUUCUCCAUCCUUUCUUCCUCUGUUAGUUCCCUUAGCCUGAACUACUACGACAAAACUUGCCCCAACUUCGAGUCAGCCGUCACCAAUGCCGUCCAGAAAGCCAUGAAGAAUGACAGGACUGUCCCUGCCGCACUUCUUCGGAUGCACUUCCACGACUGCUUCAUUAGGGGUUGCGAUGCCUCUGUGUUGUUGAAAUCAACCAAAAAGAACGUGGCAGAGAAAGAUGGGCCGCCGAACAUCUCACUCCACGCAUUCUACGUAAUCGACCAUGCAAAGAAAGCUGUCGAAAAAAUGUGCCCUGGAGUUGUUUCUUGUGCUGACAUCCUCGCUUUGGCCGCCAGAGAUGCUGUUGCUUUGUCCGGAGGUCCAAAUUGGGCAGUCCCUAAGGGUCGAAAGGACGGGCGAAUCUCCAAGGCCAUCGAGACCCGACAACUCCCGGCUCCAGUCUUCAACAUCUCCCAACUCCAACAGAGCUUCUCCCAGAGGGGACUCUCCCUAGAGGACCUCGUCGCCCUCUCGGGAGGCCACACUCUGGGGUUCGCCCACUGCUCGUCCUUCCAGAACAGGAUCCACAACUUCAACACCAGCAUCGACGUGGACUCGACCCUGAGCCCGUCGUUCGCGGCGAGCCUCAGGAGGGUCUGCCCCUUGCACAACAAGGCCAGGAACGCCGGGUCGACCAUGGACUCCACCACGUUCGGGUUCGACAAUGUCUACUACAAGAUGUUGCUCGGUGGGAAGAGCAUCUUCUCGUCGGACCAGGCUUUGCUAACCAACCCUAAGGCCAAGGCUCUGGUCCAGAAGUUUGCCGCGUCCGAGGCCGAAUUCGGCAAGGCGUUUGCUGCUUCCAUGGUUAAGAUGAGUAGUCUUACUGGUGGGCAGGAGGUUAGGCUUGAUUGUAAGGUUGUGAGGUAGAUUUUUUUUAUAUUUAAUUAAUUUCGGUUUUUUAUGGGUUUGAUUAAGUUGGGUCCUUGGGCAAGAAUUUGGUUCAUCUUGGUGGGUUUGAGUGACUACAUUGGUGUUGAGUUGAUGGGGUAAAAUGUAAAAUUUGGGCAGUCAAAUUGGGCGCCAGGAGAGAGUUGUGGGUUUGUUUGUCAAUGUGAUUUAUUGGAACUCAUUUUUAUGUUAAUAAUAAUUAGUUGGAUUGUGAUUGCGAAUUUGAUG